AGCUGCCCGGGCGCCGCCCUGUCCCAGCCUGCUCUGCGGGUAAACAGACAUGGACGGCGAGAGAGACCCGCAGGACGCUGCGCACAACAUGGGCAACCACCUGCCGCUCCUCCCUGAUACGGAAACUAAGGCAUAAUCAGGUGAAAUGAGCUGUGGAAGGUCUCUAAAUUAGUUACUGGCAAGGGAGAAGAAACAAGUUUCUCACACUAAAGAAUUUAAAUAAUUUAUGUAGAUACUUCCUCUUCAAGUAGAAGGGAGCAUAAUCCCCAACUUCUUAAGUAUCAGUUGUGCUGCAUAAUUGGCUUCCAGAGAGUACAAUGUAGAAAGGAGGAAAGAGUAACUUUACAGUAGAGAAACCUGACAAAGAAAUCUCAGCAGAGAGUGAGGAAGAAGAUGAAAUUGAAAUGGAAGUUGAAGACCAGGAUAGCAAAGAAGCCAAAAAACCAAAUGUCAUAAAUUUUGACACCAGUCUGCCAACAUCACAUACAUAUCUGGGCGCUGAUAUGGAAGAAUUUCAUGGCAGGACUUUGCAUGACGAUGACAGCUGUCAGGUUAUUCCAGUCCUGCCACAGGUGAUGAUGAUCCUGAUUCCUGGGCAGACCUUACCUCUUCAGCUCUUUCGUCCUCAAGAAGUCAGUAUGGUGCGGAAUUUAAUUCAGAAAGACAGAACCUUUGCAGUUCUUGCAUACAGUAAUCUACAGGAGAGGGAAGCACAGUUUGGAACAACUGCAGAGAUAUAUGCCUAUCGAGAAGAACAAGAUUUCGGAAUUGAAAUAGUGAAAGUGAAAGCAAUUGGAAGACAAAGGUUCAAAGUCCUUGAACUAAGAACACAGUCAGAUGGAAUCCAGCAAGCUAAAGUGCAAAUUCUUCCUGAAUGUGUGUUGCCUUCAACCAUGUCUGCAGUUCAGUUAGAAUCCCUCAAUAAAUGCCAGAUAUUUCCUUCAAAACCUGUCUCAUGGGAAGACCAGUAUUCAUGUAAAUGGUGGCAGAAAUACCAGAAGAGAAAGUUUCAUUGUGCAAAUUUGACUUCAUGGCCUCGCUGGCUGUAUUCCUUAUAUGAUGCUGAAACUUUAAUGGAUAGAAUCAAGAAACAGCUACGUGAAUGGGACGAAAAUCUAAAAGAUGAGUCUCUUCCUUCAAAUCCAAUAGAUUUUUCUUACAGAGUAGCUGCUUGUCUUCCUAUUGAUGAUGUAUUAAGGAUUCAGCUCCUUAAAAUUGGUAGUGCCAUCCAACGACUUCGCUGUGAACUAGAUAUUAUGAAUAAAUGUACGUCUCUUUGCUGUAAACAAUGUCAAGAAACAGAAAUAACAACCAAAAAUGAAAUAUUCAGUUUAUCCUUAUGUGGACCGAUGGCAGCUUAUGUGAAUCCUCAUGGAUACGUGCAUGAGACACUUACCGUGUAUAAAGCCUGCAACUUGAAUCUGAUAGGCCGGCCUUCUACAGAGCACAGCUGGUUUCCUGGGUAUGCUUGGACUAUCGCCCAGUGUAAGAUCUGUGCAAGCCAUAUUGGAUGGAAAUUUACAGCCACCAAAAAAGACAUGUCACCUCAAAAAUUUUGGGGUUUGACUCGAUCUGCUCUGUUGCCCACAAUCCCAGACACUGAAGAUGAGAUAAGCCCUGACAAAGUAAUACUUUGCUUAUAAACAAAUAUGAUAGAGAUAAAGUUAUUUAUCACGUUGGUCUUGUAAAAUCAGAUCUGCUUCGGAAAUUAUUGCUUUUGAUGCAUACCUAAGUAAAAAGCAACAUUACAUGGCAGGUUACAGUUUCUUAGUCAAAUGGAAUUUGAAGAUUUAAACUAAAAUAUACUAUUGAAAAGGAUGAAAAGCAGUCUAGAAAAUUGGGUUUUUAGGAAUAUCUACCCUUAGCACCUUGGUACCAUUAUACUCUGGCUUGCUAGAAUGACACUGGUAGGGCAGGAAGACCUCUCUGAGAUGGAGGAGAUAGUUUCCUGCACAAAACAUAUUUGUAAUUCCUCUAAUGCAAGAUUAAUCAUUUGCUCCUGAUACAUAGAACCAACCUCUAAAGGGCACAAGUUCCCAAAGCUAGGAUGCCAAGUACAUGUUCCUCUUGAAAGAGGCAAAGAAAGGGUUUAAUUUUCUUGAGUUUCUCUUACUGAUUUGUAAAUUUUCAAAAUAUUAAAGAGUUAAAAUAUGCAGAUUGAGCCCCAAAAUAGUGUUUAUUUCCUUAUGCAUUUGUUAGUGAAAAACAAUAACUUAUGUAUUUGCUCAGUGUUUGUUUGAACACCUUGGUUAUUCUGUUCCAAAUUUCAAUUUGAACCUAAACUACAAUGGAGCGGAGAUACUAAAACAUACCCCCACCCCCCUUCAAUCAAUCAGGCUACAAGUGACUAUUUUGUAAGUACCUUUGUUCCAUGUAAAUUAAAAAUCUGUAAGUAAAGCUUAAGAGCAAACAAUAUUACACAUCUUCUUUAUUUAAAUAAUGUAAAAUAUUUACUCACAAGCCGAUAAUUUAAGCAUUAAGAUGAAGUUCUAGGUAGACGAUUUGCCACCUACCUCUUUCUUAUAUGUUCAAGUGUUGAUUGGAUCCUUUCACAUUUGUGAAAUAAACUUAGGUUUUGAUAUU